CUUUAUUGUUUAUCGUCCUCUAGCGGCCACCUUUCUUGUGAUGAUUUCCAACAUAUAGUAUAACAGUAUUGAACAAAUAUAGACUACAACAAAUAGAAAUAGAUAAUAUACAGUAUAAUAUAAAUAAUAAUACAGGUAAAAAAAGGGGAAAAAUAAUAGUAAAAGAAACAGUAUAAAAUAAAAAAACAAUAAAUAAAUAUAUAAACGGAAAAAAGAACAGGUAUGAGAUCAUCAUAUAAAUAGCAUAAAAGCUUCACAUAUCUGAAAUAACAAAAAGUUUAGUUUUCUGUUUAUGUAUAUGGUAUUUCCCCAUAAUCAAACAAAGAUUAACAAUAAAGGCCACAUUUGGUGGUCAUCUUUGUCUAUUAAAAUAAUAAAAAAUAUAUUUUUCAGAAAAGUAACCUUUCAUGCCUAAGCAUUUACAAAUGAAACAUUCCAAAUCGAUCCAAAACAUUUUGCUAUUAAUGCAGUUAAAAAACAUUUAUAAAAACAUUUCAUUCUUUCUCAGUCCCACAGAAAUCACAUGUAACUUCUACAUCAGAAUCCUAAGAGAUUUAACACACCAGAUGGAGUAUUUUAAAAUGAACUUCUCACCUUAUUUGUUAUGCAAUAUUUAUUAUUAUAUAAUAUUAUUAUUUUUUAGAUAUUUGCAGUCAAUGCACUCAAAUUUAGAAUGAUUUACGACAUGACGUUUAGAAUGACGUCACGUCGAAUUAAACUCAAUGUGUUUAAGAUGAACAAGUGGUCCUUCAAACCUCAAACGUGUCGCAGUCUGAAGUAAAUCGUGCUGUAGUGAGUAUCAGCUGUGCCUCAACAUUUCUAAAAGAAAACACUGUAAGAACAGCGCCAUAAAUUCUGCCAGAAGCCAAAAUAAGCUGUUUUCACAAGUGCGCGUGAACGAGUGUCCCUGACUCGAGCUUCACACCAGUGUCUCUGUUAUUUUAGAUUAUAUUACAACACAAAAACUGUUGCUGUGUUUAUUUUUAUUGAUUGAUGUCGGAUUGGCGGGUGCACGCAGAACACGCCCACCUCUCAGCGCGUGUUGGAGCGCGCCUUCAUCAGUGUGCGGGAGCGCGCGCGCAGUCAGUGUGGAAUGAUGCUGCCGAGUGUGCACGCGGUCCAGAGGGUCGGUUGUCCUGCGAUAUGGAGACCGUGGGAUCUUUCAACAAGAGAGACACAGUUAAAUAAAAUGGUUUCUGGAGGCUCCAGGCGGAUUCAGGCGUCUGAAGAUGUUUUCCAUCAUCCUGUGAGGCUGUUUCUGCCCAGAUCCAGGAUGCAGGAAUAUCUGUCUCAUCUGGGCAGGACGGUUUUGGCCAGUUUCCCCGUUCAGGCCACGCUGCACUUUUACAACGAUGAAGAGUCCAGCUCUGAGGAAGACGAGGAUGGUGACACAGACAGCCAUUAAAGACAGAUCUGCAUCACAUGAACUCACUCGUGAGCUGUGCGUGAACACUGUUUAGGAAACAAGCCGUGGGAAUGAGGAUCGGGAACACUGCGAUAUGUUACAGGAAGCGGAGCUGAUCCACGGAGAUUCUCACCUGAGCCGAGCAGGUAUACGGCGCGACAGGUCGGGUCACGCGGCAGUGAGACGGGUCACGCCAUCAAAGAGAAAACAGACCUUUGAUCUGAGGAACAUCCGUUCACAUCAUCCCACAUCCGGGAACGUCUUUAAGGUGUCUUUAAAUAUUAUCCCUGAUAGUGUUUCAUUUGUAUGUUGUCAUUAUUUCCAUUAUAUCAUUAUUUUAAUGUUUAUUACGGUGAAGCUGCUUUGAAACCAUCUGUGUUGUAUAACUUCAGAGAAAUAAAGCUGACCUGUUAUUGCUGGAAAUCUAAACACAAAUAAAGACAUAAAUUGCUCAAUA